AUGAAGAGCGUGUUCUUAUUAUCGAUUUUACUAUUCGGAAUCGUAAGGUCGAGAGAUAUCGACAAUGAGAAAAGAACGGAAGAAUCAGUUAAACGCGGAUUGAGCAACAAAUGCGUGGCGAGACAAACCUCCUCGUGUCUCGCGAUCGAACUAGUGGGAUAUAUGGACAAAAUUCUUAAGACUGCUUCGUUCCAACUUACAGGUGACAUGAUGAUCGUUGAUGAGAGCAAUGGAACCGCUGCCCAAAUGCCAGUACAAUCUGAAUCCCUUGCAAGGGCUGGAACUUCACUUGAAGAUCAAGCACAACAAAUUAUAAUGGACAAACUCUGGAAUUUCGCUACCACACGAUCGCUGAGAUACCGAAUUAUUAACAAUGCAGACGUUGUUAUAUCUGGAAAGGAAGAAAGAGACGGCAGUUUUGGCGUAGAUGUUUCAAUAAAGGCACCAAAAGCGAUUGAGACUGGAAGAGCUAAAAACAAGAAUAUGGCGCCAAUACUUGCUGCUGCUGCAAUGAAGUUUGGUCUCCUUGGGGCUUUGACGUUUAAAGGCCUGUACUUGAUAGUUGGGAAGGCACUUCUGAUCUCCAAAAUAGCUCUACUCUUGGCUACAAUCAUCGGACUCAAGAAGUUAACAUCUCCUCAGGUGACCGACUAG